UUGUAGUGAUUCCAUUUGUGCUCCAGCAUCAUUGAUGAUGGCAGUCCUACCCCGGGAGUAGGAUUUCAUUACCAACAUCUAAACUGGAGAUAGCAAAAGCAGUGAAGACCUGGGAGCAAGUGAGAAGUUUGUCCUGUUAAUCAUGUUGCUGCCUCCUCUGAGCAUCCUGUUGGGAUUGGCUGCCUGCUGUUCAUCCUUAGAUAAUGGUUUAUUGAGGACUCCACCAAUGGGAUGGCUGCCUUGGGAACGUUUUAGAUGCAAUACCGAUUGCAAAACUGAUCCUGGAAACUGCAUCAGUGAGGACUUGAUCAAAAGUAUGGCAGACAGGAUGGCAGAAGAUGGAUGGAAGGAGCUGGGUUAUGAAUAUGUGAACCUUGAUGACUGCUGGUCUGCAAAGGAAAGGGAUUCCCAGGGCAGGCUUCAGCCAGACCCAGAUAGGUUUCCGAGUGGUAUUAAAGCCCUUGCUGAUUAUAUACAUUCCAAAGGGCUGAAAUUUGGAAUUUAUAGUGACAUGGGUAACUACACCUGCAAGGGUUACCCUGGGACGACACUG